GUUAGGGGAAUUAUGCGAGCCGUAGGGUGAAAGCGGCUGCAGUAUCGGCUUCCCAGUUUAACAUACCGGCUCGCGGAUCGUUCCGGUAACUGUACAUCUCUUAACGGGUUCGGCUGUUGGUUUCUUUUUGAUGAAGGCCACAAUAGCUUUUCUGUCAGUUGUUACAGCACUGACAGCAUAUUAUGUUUACGUCCCCUUACCUAGUACCGUUUCGGAGCCUUGGAAACUUAUGCUUCUGGAUGCAGCUUUAAGAAUAGCGCAGGAUGUGAGCAACAUUGCACAUUGGAUGGGUUUAGGCCACUACCAGACGUUUUUGAACCUCGCAGCUAAUUUCUUAGAGGAACUGGGCCCGGAGUCCACUGAAACUGUUAAAGUAGAAGAUACUGCUUUUGAUGGUGUACAGGUCAGAGUGUUUGAAGCUGGGAAGAAUACUAAUGAUGCCGAACUUAAGCGUGGUGUUAUUUAUAUACAUGGUGGGGGAUGGGCCUUAGGAAGUGCAAGAAUAAGGUCUUAUGAUUAUAUAUGCAAGAAGAUUGCGGACGUCUUGAAUGCUGUAGUUGUUUCAGUCGAAUAUAGACUUGUGCCAGAAGUUUACUUUCCAGAGCAGAUACAUGAUGUUUUGCAGGUUGCAAAGCACUUCCUGCUUCUUGAAGUUUUGGCAAAGUAUUCAGUAGAUCCCCACCGUGUUGCAAUAUCUGGAGACAGUGCAGGAGGAAAUCUGGCUGCUGCUGUGAGCCAGCAGCUUGCUCAAGACAGGAGCGUAACAACCAGACUUAAACUCCAAGCUUUGAUUUACCCAGCACUACAAGCCCUAGACUUUAACACUCCUUCAUACCAGCAGAACAUGGACAUCCCUAUCUUGUAUCGCUCAGUCAUGGCUCGAUUUUGGUUAGAGUACUUAAAAGGUGACACAAGUUUUGUCAAGCCAUUACUUGUUAACAAUCACACAUCUUUUGACUUGCACGAAGCUGCUGCUGUACGGGCCAUCCUCAACUGGACAUCCCUUCUCCCUCCAUCUUUCAAGAAGGGUUACAAGCCAGUUAUCCAGACUUUGGGAGAUCCAAGAGUGAUCCAGGAAGUUCCAGCACUGCUUGAUGUCCGUGCUGCACCAUUAAUAGCAGACAAUGAAGUGCUACAGUUACUGCCAAAAACCUACAUCCUGACAUGCGAACAUGAUGUUUUACGUGAUGAUGGAAUAAUGUAUGCAAAACGUUUAGAGGAAGCUGGCAUUGAGGUGACACAUGAUCAUUAUGAAGAUGGCUUUCACGGCUGCAUGAUAUUUGGUACAUGGCCUACUUAUUUUUCUGUUGGCAUAAGGACGAUGAACAAUUAUAUUAACUGGCUUUCUCAAAAUUUAUAAGUCUGUUAACCUUAGGAGUGAUGCAUUCUCUUUAAAGUAAUUCUGCACUUUUUUUUCAGCAAUGCAACAUUUCAAUGCAAGUUUUUGAUUUACAUAGACAUUGUCUGUUAUUAACCACUUUGUGUUGAUGGUCUCAUUAACGGAAAGUAGUGGUCUCUGGAUAGUCGGGCUCACUGAAACUGCUUACUGCAGUAAGGUUGACAAUAUUUGCAUACAGAAAGUACUUACUUUUUAAUAAUUGUCUAUUUGCUGUGUGUGUACAUAACUGUUUCCUUUCUAGUCACUUCAGCUUUAUUUUAAAAAUCAUAAUCAAAUCUUUUUGAACAUUUUUAAAUAAAAGUAUAGUAUCAAGUAAUUUUCUUAAUUUGUUACCUGAAAAUUUAAUCUGUUUUUUUUCUUUAGGUCUGCAUUCUUUAAUUUGUUCCACAGUGGCGAAAGCAGUAGAUACAGCUGUUCUCUCGGUAUUAUUGUAGUGCAUGGAGUACCAUGAUUACACUCUGAAAUCUGGAAGAAAUAAUAUUCAUUAAGCAAGUCUGUAGCACAAGACCUCGUCUUAACAGCGCUUUAGGGGUACUUAAUAAAAACUUAAGCAUCUCUAAGCACUGUUAAGAGUGGGUCCUGCCCUAGGGACUAAAACAGUGCUGGCCAGCAAAGAAUGGAGGGAGAAGGUAAAACAGCUGUUUGACUGUAAAAUCUGCCAUACUGGAAAAUUGAAGGAGUGGCAGAAUUGAGUGCCCAACAGCUUUUACAGUAGUUACUCCUGCAAAGUGGCACUUCAUUUCUACCAGCUGCCUGCUUGACAGCACUGAAUGCUUUACGCUUUCUACACUUUUUUAACCUGUAACUGGUGGUGUAUGGAGUAAAUAGUUUCAUCAUCUACAAUGAACUAUGAUCACAUCUCUGAUCAUAACUCCUUUAAUGUAUGUUCUCAACGUGGAUGCCAAGAUUCACCUUUAGAGCGAAUUUCUUUGCAUCCUUGUCUUAAACAUAAAAUAAGUUAUGAGUCUAGUUACAAGCACACUAGAUGUUAUGAUGAUUUGCACUCCACAGUUGUUUCACGUCUGUGUUUAGGCAAGUUAGAAUAAUUGCCAGUAGGCGGUAGCAACUUAACACACCCAGACACUGAUGUGCUUCACUUAAAUUUUUAACUAAAGACUUCCCAGUUUAAUAGCAUUAUGCAAUCAUUGCAUUUGGUCCUUUCUCAUAAAAAAACAGAUUUGUUUUUCUAAAUGUAAAACAGUAGUAGUCUUAAAGUAAAAGUAAUUUAAAAUUCACUGGCUAGUUGUUACAGUUUUUCUUUUUGGCUUUAUCAUUUCUUACUCAAAAGCAUUUUGUUCUUUUUGGGCACAAAUUUUCUGUGUUAAAACAUACUGUUUGAAAUAAAAACAUUUGAUUUUCA